AAUAAAGUAUCUUUGAAUUGAAUUGAAUUGAGAUUCAUAACCUGAAACUUUUAAUCUCCUUUAGUACUCUUCUGUGGAGAAUGACUAGUGAUGUUAAGAACAAAAAGAGAUAGAAAUUAGCAUUCUGACUUUGGACUAAAUAUUUAGUCAGACGAUCAGACAGAUACUAUAUGAUUGUGCUUAAUAUAUGCACAAUAAUACCUAAGUUAAUUGUAAACAACACAGCGUGGCAGCAUAAUCCAUAUAGAAGUGGGGUUAUAGAACCUCACUGUUUGAACAUGGUAAAAACCUGGCUAAAACAUUCUGUGUGACUAAACAUUUCUUUUCCUUGUCCAGUAAACAAUGUGUUACAGUAGUCUAUAUGUGAAGAAAGAAAAACAUGAACUGUUUCUUACGGUUCAGGAUGGUUUCAGGAUAAAAAUUUGACUAUUUGAGCAAAUUAUUGGGGAGAGCCCCGGGGAUAAGGUUAUGCAUUUAAAGGAGUUUAAUAGGCUUUAUAGACUUUUGAAAUUACUUUUAGUUUUAAAACAGCAGAUUUUCAGAUAUCAAACAAUAACAAUAAAAUUUGCCCAUCAAGUUGUUUUGGCUUUUUUUUUUUUUUUUUUUUUAGGGGAAAGACGUCUUCCCCAGAAAAGUUGAGUAAGUGUUUAGAUUAUGUAGGCUCUGCUAGCUAAAAACCCACAUGCCUGAGUGUAACAGUUUCACAAUCUCAGUGGUGCAGCCUUGUGGUACAGCUCACAGUGAAGGACUAGACAUGGUUCUGUGCAAUCUGCUCAUAUUCAUUUUCACACUAAACGAAGUCCUUGUUAAUUCAGAUACCAAUAACGGAAUUCCUUGCAACAAAGGUGAGAGAGUAACUGAACGCUUUCCAGGCAAAAGAGAAUGUGCACCAUGCCAGGAUGGAUAUUUUCAACAAACACCAAAAUUUUCAAAAAGUUGUAAUGCAUGUGCAAAGUGUGAUGAAGUUACAGGGAGUUUCGUCAAAGUGAAGUGCACCAAAGAGACAGACACAAUAUGUGGAUGUCGUGAAGGAUUUUCUCCCUUGUUGGAGAAUUCUGCCUGGUGUAAAUGUGACAAAGGAUCUGGACUUAAAAAUGGAGUUUGUUCAAGAUGCGAGGAAGGCUUUUUCAGCACAGAAAUUGAUUCAUCCUGUAAAAAAUGGAAACAAUGUGGCUCCACAGGGAUUAAAAAGGCCGGAACCGCAACUUCUGACGUCAUCUGUAAUGAAUUAAAUGGUAGUCAGACCACUACAUCUCCCACAUCAAUCAAAAAGGUUUUCCUCUCGCUCUUAACAACACGUCGUCCACAUGAGGGGGUUCAAACACAGAAGACACUCUCUAGUACCACCACAGCUCCUGUUCAACAGAACAUCCUGAGACACACCACACAGCCCAGCUUUCCCAGGUCAAACACUAGCACCCACAUAGGGACGGCCAUUCUCAUUUUGGGAAUUGUUGGACUGCUCCUGUUGACAGCAAUGACCUGCAAGCUGCACGUUACUCCCUGCUGGCGGACAAAACCAGCAGUACAGACCAAGGACUCUUUGUGUCGGAGGCCAGUUGAGGAAAGCGGCGAUGGCAGUGAGUCCUCUUUGAAACUCAACCCAGAGCCCUGAGGUGAAGCUUUCCUUUGACGUGAAAUCCUCAUCUGAUAUUUCAGAGAAUCAUCCUUAGAAAAGUUCAUCAUUGAUCCCUUGAAUCCUUCUUAUGUUGCUUGUUGCGUGUUAGACAUACAUCACAAUCAUAUGUAUUGUAUCAGGUGUAUUCUCAACCUGCACUGUGGUCAAUAUUUGACCUUUGUUUGUUCUGUUGUAAUACAAUAUAGGGUAACUAAUAUGCAAAAGUAUACCUCGCUUUUUAAAACUGUGAAACCAUUCAAGGUAGAAUUCAUCCUCUACUACUUAUUUUGUUAUCGCUCUUAAGAAAUGUUAUUAUUGCCUACAAGACCAUUAGGGUGUUUCCUUCAAUUACACAUCUGCUAUAUACCAUUUUAUAUAUAUAUAUAUAUAUAUAUAUAUAUAUAUAUAUAUAUAUAUAUAUAUAUAUAUAUAUAUAUAUAUAUAUAUAUAUAUAUAUAUAUAUACAUACAUAUAUAUAUAUCAUUUUUAUUAUUUUGUUUUCUCACAAAUUUCAAUAUGCAAUUUUUUGUGUUCAAUUACUAUAUGCAUGUUUCUGCCGGUUUUAUUAACCUUCUGCUGAUAUAUGUAUUCUCUAAAAGGGCUGGGACAACUCUGAGAAAUAUACAUUUUAAACAAUGCUGUGGGUAGAAACUAUAAAGUACACCUGAUGCAGGUCUUAAAAAAUGACAAUAUUUACCUUUUUGUUUUUUACAUUGCUUUUAAGCCUCUAUGUUGAGUUAUGCAGUGUUUACUCAGUAUGUUCCACCAGUCACAUGCUUGUUCUGCACAGAACAAGAUUAAGCAAACAUGUUUUUAGAGAUAUGUGGGGUAAGGGGAAGUACCCCAUGGAGCAAAAUGUACUUCUUUUUUCUCCCCCACAAAGUAAUGCCUCCUCUGUUUUCUUGUUCCGCCGAGUAGAAAGAAAAGUUGUAAAUGUGAUGACUUUCAUGUUGUUUGUGCCUUGCUGGAAAUAUUUCUCAGAUAAGGACAGUCAGAGGAGUAUGAAACUUUGACGUAUUACCUCACACCAUUUACAUUUUAGUUGUAAAGUCUAUUGAGGAGAAGCUGCAAAUCGACUGAUUCAUUCCAAGAGAUGAAAAUUCAUUUAAAGAGUGUGGUGAGUGUUCAGAUAGGAAAAAAACAACCAUUUGAGAAUAUCAUGAAUGGAUUUAUUAUAUAUGUUUAUUUUAUUUUCCAUUGAAACAAACAUUUUACGCACACAAUAUACAAAGUAAAAUGUACUCUAUCCAAGUUUUUUCUGAGAAACUGCUCAUAAUUAUCAACAUGUAGUACCAGUUAGUAUUACUGGUAUUGAUGUAGAGUGAACAGCGUUUUACACAUUUAACUGCUUAAUGAAAAGCUUUUUGUACUAUUUAUGAGCAGUGGUGUUUUUUUAAAUAGGAGGCAUGACUUUUGGCCUAGGGCGACUUGGCCUGUGGGGGCGCCAUAAGGGAAAAAAACCAAAAACUAUUAUUUGUUAGUGACACCCUAAAUAAGCGGUCCACCUCUUAUAAGCAAGUUCAGUCAAUAGGGAUGGGCACCCUUCGGUGGUGUUCACAGUUAAGGCACUCUAAAAAAACAUCACAGACUAUUUGUGUUUUUUAAGAGCAUGUUCUGCAUAUGAACAUUUCCAGUUAAAAACCUAGAGCUGGAUAAUUUCUUAUUGAACAUAAUAAAACUUUAUUUUAUUUGUGAAAUCAAACAGAAAAGAGCAUUUAAUGCUUUCUAGGGAAUUUGACAUUCUUGCAUUCUGUCAUAUCUAUAUUACCAAUAUUUUAGUGUUAAUGUUUCUAAAAAGUGACAGAGUGAUCCUUUUUUGCCAAAUGGCCUCCAUUGAUAGUUAGGGUUGCAGAAGAUGGUACAUGCGCAGGGGUCCCAUCAUGUACGAAUUGCCACUGCUUCUGAGUGUGAACAUCUGUUACAGACAGAAUAACCAAAAAGGAAAGAGUACCUCCACAAAACUGCCUGUAAAUGUCACUGAUCCAGGAAGUCGCCGUGCAGUUUCAGAGAAAUUAUGCGUACCUUGCACGGAACAAACCUGUUGGGGUUUUUUGACGUGUAGCUCAAUUUACAAGCGCCUGAAGAUAAAUAUCAUCCAUUUAUUCCAGUUAUUUAUAUCUUUUAGUCAUGCCUUUAUAUUUUAUUUUUUACUAACGUUAUAUAUGUAUUUACUUUUUAUGUGUAUGUAUAGUUUUGUUUAGAUUGUGUAAAUGUUGGGAAUAAAGAUUCAUUGAUUUCUAA